AUGAGCGAUGAUGAUUACAGCCACAUCUAUGACACAAUCCAAAAGGGGAGCAAAGACGAGGGUCCAGACCAGCUGGAGGAAAACGAUGGUCCUUUGUACGACAGAGUCCACGAAGACUUGGGACGUGAAAGCCAUCUGUGUGCCACUAGGUUAGAAAACCAGGAAUACGCCUCUGUGUCAGCAUACGUCUUGAAAAGGGAAGAAGCCACCUCAGCCUCCUCGGAGCCAGAAGCAGAGAGCUACCUCUUGCGUGAUGAGGUAUUUUCUGAGCCCCAGGAAGUCAGGGACAUCUCCACAGGGGACACACGUUCACCAAGUCAGGACCCAGAGCAUCUCCCAUGGGAGCGGCAGGGGAGUGGAAGGAUGAUCGAGGAAGAUGUACCUCAUGUAUCGAGUUUCACAGUUCAGCCCAGCAAAGACUUUUCCAUCAGCCAGGACUUCCUCCCUACCUGCCGUGCUGCUGCUAUUGGUUUGGAAGAAAAUAAACCAGCUUCCAGCAGCCCUGAGAUCUUCCUGUUCGUGAAGGCUGGAAUUGACGGGGAAAGCAUUGGCAACUGCCCCUUCUCUCAGCGUCUCUUCAUGAUCCUCUGGCUGAAAGGAGUCGUGUUCAAUGUCACCACUGUGGACCUAAAAAGAAAGCCAGCAGACCUGCACAACCUCGCUCCUGGCGCGCAUCCGCCCUUCCUGACCUUCAACGGGGAUGUGAAGACUGAUGUCAACAAGAUAGAAGAGUUCCUGGAGGAGACCUUAACCCCUGAGAAGUACCCCAAACUGGCUGCCAAACACCGGGAGUCCAAUACUGCGGGCAUCGACAUCUUCUCCAAAUUCUCAGCCUACAUCAAAAACACCAAGCAGCAGAACAAUGCGGCCCUUGAGAGAGGCUUGACGAAGGCACUACAGAAGCUGGAUGACUACUUGAACACCCCUCUGCCAGAGGAGAUUGAUUCCACCACCCGUGGGGACGAGAAAGGGUCUCAGCGCAAGUUCCUGGAUGGGGAUGAGCUGACCCUGGCUGACUGCAACCUGCUCCCGAAGCUGCAUGUGGUCAAGAUUGUGGCUAAAAAAUACCGGAACUAUGACCUCCCGGCCGAGAUGACGGGCUUGUGGCGGUACCUCAAGAACGCCUAUGCACGGGACGAGUUCACCAACACCUGCGCGGCUGACAGCGAGAUCGAGCUGGCCUACGCCGACGUCGCCAGGCGCCUCAGCCGAUCCUGAGCUUAGCUGUCUGGCCCAAUUCUGCUGCAGAGGAAUUCUACUUCUCCCAAAGGCCUUCAGCUCUCCAGACACUUCUUCCUCAUUGCCUCGAGGAAACAUUUAAAAGGAAAAAAAAAAUAAGGCCACAGCUUGCUGGCACCCCUGAACUCAACUCCAGCCUACUACCUUCUAAGAUUAGUGCCAUCCUUCUGCCGUGGCCCGCAGGAGCCUGGCAAGAGGAGGGACUCAGCGGCUGAUCUUCCCACCCGCUGGCCCGAUCUAGGGUCAGUGUAUCUGGGGUCAGUUUGGAGAGCUUCCCUGGGAUUGUCACUGGUCCCUUCUGCCAAUAUCAUAAUGCUUUCUCAGAUGCUUCAGCAACUUCAAUGUCAGCCUCUCUUCCACCCCCCUCUUCCUUAGUAAUCGAAAGGCCACAGUCAAAUAUCAUCAUGUGACCAUCUCAUCAUGUGAUCCUUAGGGAGCAAUCCUUGCUUUGAUUGGGAGACAGUGGUGGAGGGUGGAACUCAGCUGGGUGUGGCUCUGGGAACCUAGCCUAGCAGCUCCAGCUGCUCACUAUUUCUGACAGAGGGCCAUAUUGUAACGUCCCCUUGGGUGCACCCCAAUUCGCUGCUCUGCUGGGACCUGGUGCAAUACAGUUAUGUCCCGGCCAGCACUGACCCCAGCUUUCCGUCUGUCUCCAUCCACAAAGGCAGUUGACCGAUAAUUCUAGACGAGGUGACCCAAAUGGAGAGGAACUUCUGGGAAGCAAUGUUGAUGCCAAAAGGCCCGCCAGGGUCUACAGUCACAGGGGCACUGACUUCAGAGUGGUCAUCCACCGGAGAUUUCAUGAGUGGGUGUGACUGUGUUCUUCAGUGCGUGGCUUCGGGUUGGAGAAAGAGAUGGGAGGGGCAGGGGAGAUGGGAGGAGAUAAAGUUUGCGUUUGAUGUAGCCUAGGAAACCUUUAGACCCGCCUUCUCUCUCAUCAUCUAACUCUACCAACCAUAAAGCAGACUCCAACAUCGGCCAAAAAACGUCUUCCAGGCCCUUCCUAGUCACUUCUGGAUGUGGGUUGCCACCUGGGUGUGCUCAGGCUCCCAGCUUCUUCAGCCCCAGCCUCUGAUGGAAGAGACAUCCUCUUAGGGAAUGGUGUGAUCAAGGGCUGCCUUAGGAAGAAAGUCCAUGGGUCUUUCUGACAGGGAAGCCACCACUUGAAUUUGGAGAAUAUGUGCUGUCCUGGGCCCAUUUUCCCACCAUCAGACUCUCUAGCAGAUUUUUAAGAAAAAAGCAGUAUAUAUAUUUUAAAGCAGUUAUUUCUCUCCUUAGUCAUUCUCCUCGUGUUUUAUCUACAAAACUCAUGGGGCCUGAACAUGGGAACCUAGGCUGACCAAGCACAUGACAAAUGAGUUAAUCGUUAGCUCUUCCUCGACCAGUGAGCUAGUGAGCGCCUGGGAGAAAUCCAUCUGUUGGGCCUCACCUCCAACAAUCCUGCUUUCUGUGUUGCCAGUGGAGGGCGAGGCUCCUGAGGGCCGGAAAGCCCCUGGCCUUGGCUCAUUACUCUGGAGGGUGGGGCAGCACGGGUCCUUUCCAUAGAAACAUCAACACGUGCUAACAGUCACUGGACCCACCUGCCUCUAGGGAUUGCCAAAGCAAAGCGUGGUCAUUGAUCCGCGGAGGGAGGAAGCCGGAGGUCUCCCUAGCCCAUUGGGGAAGAGGACUCUGCCUGCUAGGCCAUUUUAUAAACCUGAAAGGGCUUUGAAGACGCAAAAUGAGUUGAUUCAUUUCCACCCUACAGGAACCUUUCCACAGGCUCUCGGCAAGCUGCCCCGGGGGAUGUUUGAAGUGUAGCACUGCUGAGGGAACAGCCCUUUUACUGCAGGGAGGAGAGCUUCUGGAACCAUCCGGAAGGCUGUUUAAUUAAUAGGAAACCCCUGCUGUGUUCAGGAAUCCUUCCCAGAUCUCACAAGCAAGCAGGGUGAAUCAACAUCAUCCCUAUGUCCUUCAGGUGGGCUGAUGUUGAAGAUGAGUCUACCAGUAUACAUACAUACAGAGGGGUCCCAGAGGGAGGGGAGACUACUCAGAACCCGUGUGUGAUCUUCCGAGGCCAGAAAUUGGCAAGUCUUUAAAAAUAAACAGCUCAAGCUGAGUCAAUACUGUUUCUAGAAGGUCCUCCUGUGGUUGAGUUAGUUUUACAUCAGUAACGAUAUUUAGGCAAUGUUGGGUAUUAUAGGAUUGAUCAUAACCCCUUUAAAGAGAGGUGAUAUUAUAGAAGGGAGCUCUUCCGAGUACCUAAAUUCAGAAAUAAUUUUAAUGUUAUCAGAUAAUCAUAAUUAGACUGACCAGUGUCUUGGGGCAUAAUUGUCCUGGUAUGUACAAAUAGCAAUAAAGUAAAUGAUGGUUGCGCCCCACUGCCA